AUGAAUGAAGCUGUGAUACCAGAGGCCAAUGGCUGCAUUCCCAAAGUGUUGGAUUCUUGGCAUUCCUUGCUUUCCAUUUUGAACAUUGGUCAUCAAAUUUAUCCUGCCGAUGCAACAAUUUCAAAGGACUGUGAAUUCAUAGUGAUUGAUUCUAAGAUACAAAUUCGUGUAAUACAUGUAAGCCCUACAAAUGUUCAUAAAUCUCAUUUGUUACCACAGCCAUUGCACUUUGAUUCUGGCAGUUCAAAAAGAUUUUCUCUGUCUGAAGAAUAUUGGUUCACCAAAUGGAACAAACCUCUGAAAAUUGGUAACUGCAAUUGUUCAUUUAGAAGAUCUGUCAGGUAUUCUCUCAUCUCCAAUCAACCAGCUUCAGCACAAAACAGAGAAAAUGACAAACUUGGCAAGCUGAGUGUUGAUCUACCACCUAUCAAGAUUACCAAUGUUGAAACUUAUGUGGAACGUCUCAUACAGGACACAUUCUUUGAAGCAUUUCAUGAAUUUUACAUAUCAGAAAGUAAAGAAUUUGGUGAAACCAACUUUGGUUAUGAAACAACUGAAGUUGAUGAUGUAGUGGUCACUUUGAGAAGAAAAAUCAAACCAAAUACAAUAAUCAAAUCCAUUAAAAAUGCUAAUGAUAUACCUGUUAUAAGAGCUAGCAAUUGUUCUACUGAUAACUUGAAAAUAAAUUGUGUUCACCAGAAAGUACAAAAGAGGCCACUAAUUAUGAUGUUUCAUGGUAUUGGAGCAUCUGCAGAUAUUUGGUCUAUAGUAAUAAAUACAUUAGUCUGUAAAGGAUAUGAAGUUAUUGCCCCUGAUAUGUUGGGACAUGGUUUCAGUUCAGCUCCAACCAAAUCUAGCUAUUACACUUUCAAAAGUCUGCUGCUCCAAGCCCUCACAAUAUUUGAUCAUUAUAUGACAAAUGAGAGACGCAAGUGUAUAAUGAUUGGUCAUUCAUAUGGGUGUAGUUUGGUUACUGCUAUGUACCCUCAUAGAGCUCAACAAAUUGCACAGCUUAUUCUGAUUAGUGGUGGAGGGCCUACACCUUUAGCUCCCCCAGUGACAGAUAAUGAAAUAUCACUUUUUGGAUGUGCUCACACACUCCUCAGCCCAUUGCUGUACUGUGGUCUGAAAAGAAGUUUCUUCUAUUCAUCAAGAGGGAAGCAUUUUAAAGUAUGUGAUGAGGAACAUGGGCUGCCAAGGCAUGUUAUAGAAAAUAUUGCAUAUGGUCAGAGAUGGCCAGAAGGAGAUGCUGCUUUCCACAGAAGGAUUUUAGCUCCCACACUUCUCAUCCAUGGGUUACAGGACAAGCAUGUCACUUUGGUUCAAGAGUGUGAAAUUGAAAGGACUAUUCCAAGGGCAUUUUUGGAAUUGAUACCUAAUGCAGGACAUCUGGCUAUGAUUGAGACACCAGAACAUCUCAUCCACAUGAUUAUUUGUUUUUUGGAUAUGUGGAGUUGA